UUGACGUCAACGUCACGUCGAAGCGCCGGCAAAUGCUUGUUGCUAUGGUUACGAGGCUCCUGUUUACAGUCUGAUGGACUUCUUAUUUGUUUACUCUUUUUUUUAAGCUAUGGACUCUAAAAUACACCUAGAAAUUGUAGGUUUGAUUAAAGACCAUAACUUUCAUGUUGCCAAUAGUAUCGCCAAGGGACUAAAACAAAAGUUUCCCGAGUCAUUUCUGGACCCAAAAAUUCAACCUCUGCUCGAAUUUGACUGGCACACAUAUCUGUGCAACAAGAAAAGGGAGCUGCGUGGUGAAGUGUGGCAGUACUCCAGCAGCCUGAUGUGCUUUCUGAACGGUCUUCUCCUCGGUAAUGAGAAGGAUCUUGCCAGCUGGGCCAAGAAUCAGUGGAGCUUCACAUUCACUCGACCGCAGGCUUUCUAUAUGGCCCUGACUGAGGAUUACUACACCAAACACCUCCAGGAAACUGGGCACCAGUUUGUCUACAUGGAAAUUGAGGUAGCGGGAGAGGCAGUGGGGAGGUUAAUGUUUGAGUUGUUCUCAGAUGUUUGUCCAAAGACAUCAGAGAACUUCAAGGCUCUGUGCACAGGAGAGCGAGGUCUGUCACAGGGCGGCUUCCCACUCUGCUACAAGGGCUCUGUGUUUCAUCGUGUGGUGCCCGAUGGCUGGGUACAAGGUGGAGAUAUUUCUCCAGAAAGAAAAGGUAAUGGAGGGGAGUCAAUCUAUGGACCAACUUUUGAAGAUGAGAGCUUUGCUGUGUCCCACAAUAAACGUGGCAUUCUAGCGAUGGCCAACAAGGGUCCCCACAGCAACGGAUCCCAGUUCUACAUCACCCUGCAACCAACACCCUGGAUGGACAGGACCUAUGUUGCCUUUGGUCAAGUGGUCGAGGGUGUUGACGUCCUCAGGAGAUUAGAAGAGACUCUGACUUGCAAUGAAAGACCUAAGUAUGACUGUAAAGUUACAGAUUGUGGAGUGUUUAAAUUUUAGCACUGGCAUGCUAAUUAUUGAUGUUUUUCAUGUAGUAAAAUAAACAUUUGCAUACACAUAUCUGCAAAAAGGUAUUUUGCUUUUCUACAAAACCAUCCUUUUGUUGCUAUUCUGCUUAUGAUGUGUAUGACUCAGAUAAA